CCCAUCCCAUCCCAUCCCCCACACACACGGUGGCCGUCUCUCUCUUUCCUUUCGGGUGAAAGCUGUCUUCUCUGCGCCACACUGGUCCGACACAAAACGCUAGUACGCUGCUGUAGCACACAGAGAGAGAGAGAGAGAGAGAGCGAGAGAGAGAGAGCCAGUCCGCACCGCACCGACCUGAGGCAGAACAGGAGAGAUCACGUACGCACACGGGGAAAUCUUUAGUUUUUGUUCGACUCCGAGUGGCUUUGAUUUGCAUAUCCACUUCCACUCCUUCCUCAUUUGCAUACAGCAAGAAUGGCGAGCGGGCAUCCCACAGACAAAUUCAGUUUCAUGUAUCAACCAGACACGCACAAGAGUAAGAACAGGUUAUCUGCGGCUAUGAAUCCAGUCUACAGCCCCGUUCAGCCUGGCACCCCAUAUGGAAACCCUAAGAACAUGGCCUUUGCAGGCUAUCCAGGAGGGUAUCCUGCCACGGCUCCCACCUAUACACCCAACCUCUAUCAAACAGGCAGUCCUGGGUAUCCACCAGGAUAUACUUCAGCAGGCACCCCAUACAAAGUGCCCCCCACUCAGUCAAAUGGAGCGCCCCCUCCCUACACCCCGACCCCCACCCCAUACCCAACAGCCAUGUACCCCAUCCGCAGUGCCUACCCUCAGCAGAACAUAUACACACAGGGAGCUUACUAUACCCAGCCAGUGUAUGCAGCUCAGCCACAUGUGAUCCAUCACACCACCGUGGUGCAGCCUAACAGCAUCCCCUCCACGGCCCUCUACCCGGCCCCCGUCCCCGUACAAGCUCCUCGCAACCAGGGCAUGGCUGCCAUGGGGAUGGUAGCUGGGACAACCAUGGCCAUGAGUGCAGAUUUUCUCAAGAUGCAAGAAUAUGCAAGAUGUGCUUGCUUGGCAGGGUCAGGGACCCUGCUGACAACGCCCCAGCACGCCCAGAUUGGAGGACACCCAGUUACUGUGCCAACCUACAGGCCCCAAGGGACACCUGGGUACAGCUACGUACCGCCUCACUGGUAGAGCCCACCCAUCAUAUCUGGAGUCCACCAUCGUAUGCAACUGCUCAAAUCUUACACGGGCUCCCACUGGUAACCAUGGGAACUCGGCACCUGUCUGCAAGAACAAAAACUAAAGUGCAACAGCCACUUUACUAUUAUUGUUAUUGUUAGUAUGCGACAUUCUCUAACGUUUUUACAAAAAGCUGCUUUUAUUUUUAUUUUUUCUUCUCUCUGUUCAUUUGCCAACCAGUCAUUACCUUAUUUUAUAUGGCUAUUUUUAUUUUUUUUUAUUUUCAUUUUUUAAUGUGUCUGUCAUUGGAACUCCAGAAGGACUCUUGACCAAUCACGGGUUGCUCCUGUUUCUGUGUUGUGCUGGUGUGUGUGGUCCUUCCUUCUGCUGCUGCUCAGUUGGCUGGAAAAUAUUGGGCACUUAUUCCUCAUUAUCAUCUCCAUCAGUCACUACAAAGACUUAUUGACUAAUGCUGCCAAAUUUCUAACAACUAGAUAUCAGCACAGGGUUUUCACAUAAUGAGCAUUUUAGUUUUUUCCGGGUUAUUUAAUUUUUUUAUAUUCCUUCUUUUUUAACCACACUCAACUGGAUUUCUUUUUUUCCUACCUUUCCUUCCUCUUUAUCCUUUUUUUUUAUCCGCUUUGUUUCAUUUUUUCCGUUUAAUCUCAGUCGUCUUCCAGCGCGUAGCUGUCUGUCCGGCGGUAUCAUCCCUGUCGUUAACGUCUCCACGUGAGUGCUAUGAGCAGGGCGCUUACUGGCCAUCACCCAUCCUGCUGCGUGUCCCACUGUGUCCACAUUAGCAUAACACACACUAAGAAAACAUCACCUACUUCAUGCUACAUACUAUGCAGGCUAGUAUGUUGUGACACUAUUGAAAUCUUAACCUUAGCGUAGGUCGUUUAGAAAAUGUAAAAAUAUUUAUAACAGCGUGGGUGGUCGUGCACACUUUCCCAUAGACACACACACACACACACACUCACACACAGGGGCUCCUGUGGUGUGUCGGAAAACACAUGAUCACAUGGUGACACUUACCCUCCAAGUUAUGUUGUUGCUGAUCAACACACACUUACACACACACACACACACACACAUAAACAACAUGCAUUUCUAGGGGUGUGCAUGGCAGACAGCAGAGAAGGAGUUUAAAGGGAUUGUGUUGGCACAAAAAGAGGAAAGCAGGACAAGCAAGACAAAAAAAGGAAGGAGGAGGAGAUAACACAUUCACAGUCGGGGUCAUUUCAUUUCAAGGUACAAGACAUUUGAGUUUGUGACGUCUCACCUGCAAGAGACCGCACAAACGCUCUGCUAUUUUUUUGCACUACAUGUAUUGUACAUUGAUUUCCUCCUCCUCCCUUCCUUCUUCCAGGCGAGGACUUUGUAACCAAACACUCAACAAACAGAAACCCAGUUUAAUAAAGGACCAGUGAAAUAAAUGUGUGUCGAUAGAGCGGAUAGGAUUCAGUCCACUAGUCCAUUCCACAGUUGUGCGAGUGCUGAAAAAGACCAAACCAGCAUCAUCGGUGGUUGUGCACCACGUUUAGGACGAAAUUGUGGACGGUAAUGCGUAAACACCUGGUCCAUGAUGGAUGAUUUGUUAUUCUCUGAAUUUGGGGGUCAAUAUAUUGGCGUUGUGAAUUGCAAGACAGAAAAAGGUGCUGGUUUUUAGUGUUUAUGGCUACAACAGUUUAGACAUCUUAGCAAAGAGUGCAAAGCCGUGAUGACGCAGUGUCACUUAGUUUCAACACGGUCCAGUUGACUUUUAGCAGUUUUUAUGAAAAAGAUGAAUCCAUUUGUUCACUCAAAUUUCACACAUAUCUGCUUUUACUGACUGCAUCUAAACAUAUUUUUUUAAAAACCCACCAUAAACAUGAUGCUCAUCAGAUGAGGAUAUUUGAGCCAAUGAGACGUGGACCAUACAGCCAUUUAUAUUCUGUUGCCUUUUUAUGCUUCUACAUGUAAAGGCAUUUAUGUGCAAAGGCAGUGUGGUGACCCAUCUUAAUCAAACACUACAAAACACACCGAGUAGUGGUGGUGGGGUUUAAUAUUUAGAUGGCAUUUUUCAGGAUUUACACACACACACACACACAUACACACACAUACACACACAGACACGCACACACACACAAAAAAAGACUGAAAUCACACACACACUUCAUGAUCUGUAGAGUACAGAUUUGUAUAACAAAAAGCAUUUACUGCGCAGGUAUGUAGAUGAAGUGGUUUGAUAAUUGCAAUAAAAUAAGAGGGAACGCCUCCAACUGUUAACACACAGUGAUUAUUUUAUCAGCGUUUUGAAUUGAUUUUUAAAAAAAGAAAAGCUUAUUGUUGUAAUCUCUAAAUAUGGAUUAUAGGCUCUGUAUGCAGCCUCCGUUCAAUAAUUAUUACCGCUAAGAAGAGAAGUAGAACAUAUCAAAAAUUUGGGAAUAACUUUGUGAGGAAAUAUUGCACAACGUAAGACAAAAAAAAAACAACUUGAUGACUAUAAUUUAAUGCUAAGUAACAGGUACCUAGGCUUUGUAGUGCAGGAGAGAGGAAGAAGCAAUUUAUAUUGUAAUUAAAAAUAAAACAAUAAGGUCGAGUGUUUGAGGUAUUCUUAGUCCAGAUGUUUGUACACUAGUAGGUUAACUCUCAAAGAAAAUAUUGCGUAAUGCCGCUGUCGGAUGAAAACCGUCGAUCUUUGAGCCUUAUUUUUUUUAAACAACCCUCGUUAUCGGGUCAAAUAAAGUGUUCCCACCACGAAAAGCAUCUUGUACAUUUUAAUCCAGUUCAAGAAUACAGAAAGUGGGUUUUCUUGCGACAGCAGCAAUGUUACUCGUCAUUAGGAUUUAUUUAACCAACCACUACUUCUGUCAGUAUUUCUCAAUUAAAUCUUAUGGGUUUUUUUGUUCUUCUUUCCCUCUGGUCAAUUGAGCAUAAUGGGUAUGCAUAAUAUUCAGGUGUAUUUCACUAUAGCAUUGGAUCUCUAAGUUUAAAAAAAAAAAAAAAUGCAGUAUAUUUAUACAGCAAGUGGUACAGUAAUGUAUUUCUAGCUAAGCAUGGUUGCAUCAGUGUGGCAGCUACUGUUUGUGCUUUUAAUAUAUAUUUCUUUCACUUCUUCUGCAUCUGUGUCCUCUACAUAUCUGUCACUGGGGAGGGGGGGAGAAGUUAAGACGAGGUCUGGCAACAAACUCGUGGGAAUUCUCGUCACCAAAUCCCACGUUUUUUAAAUCGUUGCCUGGAUUUACAGACCUCGAGGAAAGCAGGUGACAGAACUGAAAGGGAUGAUGCUUUUUCGCUGUCCGUUUCUGUCCUGUGUUGGUUGCAAAGAUGUAUUGAAUGAUGAAUGAAAUCUCUCCACGACGUCCGCCUUUUGUUCUGUGCCAUAUUUCACCAACAGUUGAGUAAAUAUUAGUUUCUUCUCCUAAGUAACUGGUGAAUUCUGAGUCCUUGUUCUGUCUAGCUUCCUGUGAAUCUGUGUUUUCCUAUUGCUGUCCUCACAUUGUUGUUAAUGCGUAUUGCCUGUCUCACUUUUUAUCUUUCUUACUGUAUCCUCCCGUGUUUCUCCUACUUCAGAGGCCAUUUUGCAUCCCUCCCAACCAUUCAAACAUUCAGUUUUUAUCACAUUCAGGGAUGCAAAAUGUCACAUCAUAUGUUCUGCUCCCUCUCAUGUCCACUUUGACCUUUUUAGCCCUCUGCUCUCACAUGUUUCCUGGUCUUUAUGUGCUCUCAGAGUGACCUUUGCGACCACUCACCACCUCAGUAGCAGCCAUAUUGAACUAUAUGAUAGUCAUCAAGUUGGUGUCGCUAAUGGGGAUUCUUUUUUUGGUAAUGGUGAAAUCUCCACUGAGCCUUUUUCAAACACUAGAUGUCGCCAGUGACCGAUUCUGAAAGUGGCAUGUGAUAAAUUAAUGUCUUUUACUUUUAAGAAUCACAAUUGGAUGACACAUUUUGAGCACUGAGAUUUCAUUUUUUUUUGGUGGGGGUGGCCUUUUCAAAAUAAAAUACCCUAUUUUCCGAAACAUUUUCCGAAAUGCCAUUUUAGACAACAGCUAAGGUUUUAUUUGUUCUUACAGGAAGAGUUGAUCAUUUUAAGUUGAGCAUUAAUACGAGAGAGUUUUUCUUUUCUUGGGCUGUUGACCAAUGCUCUUAAAAAACUGUAUUUUUUUAAUGUGGAGGCUGAGUAGAGAGGCAGACCCACGGAGCAUUUGGGACAGUUGAAGUUAAAGACAGCCACAGAGCAGAUUUGUUUUUUAGAGGUGGUGAAACUGCUUCCUCAUUUCACUCCAUUCCUUGCCUCUCAUUUAUUUCAAUUUGCACUUAAAGUGAAAAUGGACGGUUGGGACACUUUGAUGUGUUUAGAUGGGGGGAAAUGCAAAGUUGUCUUAAACCAUAGGUCUUUUAUCAUCUUUUUAUUUUCAACCAUCAGUUACAUUUGAAAGCUGGUAACUUUAAUUAGGAUUUUAUUUUUAGUUUUUAUCCAGUAUAUUUUAAUCUUCUUCACUUUGACAGUGAAAAAGCGAUCAGAACCAUUCAUACCACCCCUCCUCUCCUCCCACCUUCCCUCUCCCCUCUCUCUCUCUUCUUCUUUUGCCUUGCAGUUGCUAAGUCUUAGUUUUAUUUUUCACCAGUAUAAAUUAAAACACUACUAUCACAGUGUAUAGUAGGCUCUUAAAUGUCUUUGAUGUUCUGCUGCAGCUUUUUAAUUUCAAUUUGUCAGAGAUAUCUCUUAGUUUAAUUUGACACUAAAUGUGAUGCAAAAAGUGGAAAUUCCUUGUCUUCCAAAAAAAAAGCAUACUUGUAUCCCCCCGCCCCGGAUCGAGUAUUAGGAACAACCCCAUCUUUGGAAGUUUUAGUUUGGUACCCAGUUUGCACAUGCUAUGGUAUAUCUGUUACCGUAAGGUUGUGUUUGAAACUGAAGCCCAACGUCUGUUCAGCGUUGAGAGAAGUGAACUGUAUGUUAGCUAUUUGGUCCAGAGUGACGGACCAGCGUCAGGCUUGUGAUAUGAAGUGUAAAUCUGUUUUAAUUUUUUUGUUUUUUUAUGUUUUUUUUGUUGUUGAGGGUUUUUUUUUAAAGAUCAGUUAGUGAUCUAGUACUAUAACUAAGCCAAGUUUGUAAUUGUAUAUUUACUGUAAAAUGUAGAACAUUGAAUAACUAUUAAAAUUUUCCUAUAAAAGGAA